AUGAGUUCACUGGGAAGGUCAGUGUUCAAUAGAGCGUUCGAUAACUGUAAGAGAGCAGCGCUACUAAACAAGCGGGGGUUAGAGCCGUGGACACCUAGAUACUGGUACUCCAGCAAGACAGUCGAAGACAGGUAUCGUGAGAAACUGCUCGAGACAGCCAGAAGCAAAGGGUUUAAGACAAUAGAAGAGCUCAAGGCGAACCUCAAGGACGAGCUAGAGGCGCGCAAGCAGAAGCUCAAUCGGAUCGACCCGCUAAAAGAACUGGAGGCAUACGAACAGCGCACUAAAAUGGCGGAAAACAAUGCAAAGGCGGCACGCUUGCGCGGGCCCGUGGAUGCAAGCACGCCGCGGGCGCCGUUCAAAACGCUGGACUCGUACCUCGACGUGGAAAAGAUCAGACAACUGUCCAAGCAGGAGGUGGAGUUUCUGUGGCGGGCGCGGUGGAUGAACAAGGACGGCGUGCUAAAUGCGGUUGUCCCUGUUGACGUCUUUGAACGUAUGAGCGGGUACGCGCGCGCUAACCCCGCGUUUGUGUUGCCGCUGCAGCGCGAUGCGACGGGCGCGGGAGAGGAGCAGGGCGGCCAGCCGGUCGAGAUGCACUACGUGCAGUGGCAAUUCGUCGGGCCAAAGACCGUGCACUGCAUAAUUACGUCGCUGGCUGAAUUUAAGCUCCACAAGGAGUUUGCCAGGCCGCACAGCACGUUCCAGUUCCACCUGGAGCUGGCGGACCAGAAGAAGGUUGUCUUUAUGAACGGCCAAAUCGAGUCGGACUCUAAUGUGACUCUGCAGGAUGCUCAGCUUCUCCUCCUAAACGUCCAGCGCUUCUACGGCGCCAUGGGCGAUGCUACACAGGCUGCGAAACAGCGCAUAAAGAUCUUGCAAGACUUCACUGCCGGCUCUGUCGACUUCAAGGUAGACGAUUUGAUCGCGCUGGCACAGUCUUUGGAAACCUAA